GGCUGCCAGUCGCCUCAACCCCGCCGCCCGAGCUCGACGACGACCCCGAUCCACAACAUUCUUCAUCAUGGACCCCGCAAAAUUGGCCAAGCUGCAGGCCCAGGCCGCGGCCAACAGGAUCGGCGGUAAGGGGACCGUGCGCCGCAAGAUCGUGCGGAAGACGAAGCCGUCGACCGCGCAGGACGACAAAAAGCUGCAGGGCGCGCUCAAGAAGCUCAACGUCCAGCCUAUCCCUGGCGUUGAGGAGGUCAACAUGUUCCGCGAGGACGGCAAUGUUCUCCACUUCAGCACGCCUAAAGUGCACGCGGCAGUUGCCGCCAACACCUUCGCCGUUUACGGCGCCGGGCACGUGAAAGAGCUCACAGAGCUUGUCCCCAGUAUCCUCAACCAGCUCGGCCCCGACUCACUCGCAUCGCUUCGCAAGCUCGCCGAGUCGUACCAGGCGAUCCAGCAGAGCCAGCAGCGGCCACCAGCUGGCGGUGCGGACGACGACGAUGACGACGUUCCCGACCUUGUCGACAACUUCGAUGCCGUCGAGGACAAGCCCGCCGCCGAGGGUGAGGCCGAGAAGGAGGAGAAGAAGGAGCUUCAGGAGCUCGAGUGAGCGAGCGGUUCGGUCGCUGAUAUCACGGCCUUCACACCGACGUAGUAGUAUCUGUGCCUUUUUGCUCUGCUCCUGCUCCUCCGACUCCUUUCCUUCUGCCUUCUGUAUGUCGUAUGAGCAGCGCCCCUCCUCGUUUCCCCCGUACUUGCCAUCUGCUCGCUCUAGCUAGCCACUGUCAUUUCUAGGUACCCGCUGUCUCCCGCACACGACUGUCAAUGACUGCAUUGUAAACUGACCGCAAAUGCU